CCUAGUAGUUUCUAGAAAAAAUGUUUCCGGCCGACGGUAUUUUGCCUUCGGACUUGUCGACAGUCUGCUUCGCGCUUAAACAACUUUAAUUUUUGUACAGUAUUGACUUUGUCUGUCCCAUAAACUGUAAUGGCGCUCCCUGGACCUAAUAAAGACAACAUCAGAGCUGGGUGUAAGAAAUGUGGAUAUCCGGGCCAUUUAACAUUCGAGUGUCGAAAUUUCGUCCGAGUUGACCCCCAGAAAGACAUUGUUCUGGACGUAAGCAGCACCAGCAGCGAGGAAAGUGAAGACGACGUGCCUGCUUCUCAGCAUAAUGAGAAAUUGGGUCGAAGUGUGCUGCGCCAAAAAGAUUCUCGUGAUGAAGAUGACAGAAAAAAGAGACGUAAACGAAAGAAGAGCAAAGAUAGAAAAUCAAGAAAAAGAUCUGCAUCAUCCAGUGACGAAGAACCAAAAAAAAGAAAGAAACACAGCAGAUCCAGCUCCUCAUCAGACGAGGAAGACAGGAGAAAGAAAAAGAAACAAAGUCACAAGAAGAAAAGCAAGAAACACAAAAAGGAACAUGGGAAACAUCACAAAAAGAAAGAGAGAAAAAGAAAACACAAGACGUCAUCCUCUUCUUCAUCAGUAGUUAGUGAAUCAUCAGAAAGUGACUGAACCACCAAUCUGUAGCCUCAAGAUGUUUGACGUUAAUGAAGCAGAUCAUGUGUAUUGUGUCUUACGACUUUGGUGUAAAUAGUUUGAAUCACCUUUUUUAUAAUGUUUGUCCAAA